UGGAAGUAUCCUUUGAAAAUAAAGCAAUAUUUGAUAAUCUCAAAAAUAAUAAAGAGGCCAGUGCCGUUAGGAUAAUGUUAAAUGGUGAGGAGCAAUAUGGAUCAGAAAAGAUUGAAGAUACAUUUGGAAACUCACAUAUAAACUAUUACAAUUUUGUCAUUCAAGAUAUUUGUUAUUGCUACAAAUGUAAGAGAGGUCUUGAUAGAUCAUUUAAAUUACAUGAAAUUUCUGAUUUUCAUAUAAAUAAUGUAAACAAUGCGAAUGUAGGUGAAAAUGAACCUGAAUAUAGAAACGAGGAUGAAGGAUAUUCCUCACCAACUGAAUCUGAAGUUGUAGGAAAUUUAAAAAAUGUUUACAAAUACAUUGAUAUGGAUGAAUCUGGUUAUAAUAAUGUAAUUAGUAAAUAUUUAUAG